AACCGCUCCCCACACCCGAAGCGACGCUACCGAGCAGAUUCCUAUCGCUGACGACUGUUGUCGGGGUUAUCAGCACCACUUUCCGAAAGGCGCGUCCUUGCGCCCUUGCGCUGGAGCGGUCGAUUUGUCAUGCAAACAGGAUCGGGGUCAUGGCUAGAUUCCGCCCGUCGGAGCUGGGCUGAAGGAGGCGCUCGAUAGGUCUGCCUAAGUCCGCCCCGUUCUCGAUUGUCCCUUUGGACCCUACCACGUAUUAGACACAUGGCCCAAUAGUAUCAGGCUCCAUACACGCUGGUGUGCUGAGUAGAGCUGUGCCCAAAAACACUUCGAUCCCGCACAGGCAGACCGUCAACCCCGUCCACCUCCUCCCCAUACCCCACGCCAUCAUGGACCAGACAGCGCAACCCGAGGCGUCCCUGAGCGGCGGAGAGAAACCUCUGCCGCGGGACAUGAGCCACCACUUCUCCCAUAUGACCUGGAACCGCAAGCCUAACCCCAUGAAAGCCUUCUAUAAGUUCUUUAGCAUUCCUGGCAUCGGCAAUUUUGCUGGAGGCCUCCCCAACGUGAGCUACUUCCCCUUUGACACCCUCGAGGCCCAGACGGCGAAGCCCGAGCGCUGGACGCCGACCCUGAACGACCCGAGCGACCCGAAUGCCGCCGCCGAGAGCCCCCGCGGCUGGGGCGCCGCGGCCCCGGCGCACAUCACGGUGCCCAAGUCGGCCGCCGGGCCGGACCCCAUGAAGAAGAUCGACCUGGCGACGGCGCUGCAGUACGGCCUGGCCCAGGGCUACCCGCCCCUGCUGUCGUGGGUGCGGCAGUUCACGCGCGAGCACCUGCACCCCAACGUCCCGUACCGCGACGGGCCCGAGGUCCUCCUGACCGUCGGCUCGACCGACGGCUUCAGCAAGACGGUCGAGCUGCUCAUCAACCCCUGGUCCGAGCAUCGGGGGGACGACCCGCGGGACCGGCCCGGCGUGCUCUGCGAGCGCUUCGCAUACAGCCCCGCCCUGGGGCAGGCCCAGGCCAAGGGCGCCCAGGUCGUCGCCGUCAAUGCCGACUCGGGCGGCAUGUGCGUCGACGGGCCAGGAGGGCUCGAGGACGUGCUUGCCAACUGGGACGAGAGCAAGGGGAGGCGGCCGCACCUCAUGUACACCGUCACCAUGGGCCACAACCCCACGGGCAUCGUGCUCAGCGUCGAGCGCCGCAAGGCCAUCUACGAAGUCUGCUGCAAGUACGACGUCAUCAUCGCCGAGGACGACCCGUACUGGUACAUGCAGUUCCCCUCUGCCGAGAUCGAGGAGGCCAAGAGCAGGGGCAAGCCGGCGCCAGAGACGAGGCCGGCGUACCAGCCCGAGAAGUCGUCGGGGUUCCCGUUCCUGGACUCGAUGGUGCCGUCCUUCCUCAACUUUGACGUCGAGGGCCGCGUCAUCCGCCUCGACACCUUUUCCAAGACGGUCGCCCCUGGCUGCCGGCUGGGCUGGGUCACUGCGCAGCCAGCGAUCGCCCAGAAACUGAUAACUAUCAGCGAGGGCACGACUCAGCAGCCGUCGGGCUUCGUGCAGUCCAUGAUCAGCGAGCUCGUCAUGGGCUCCCAGCCGCAGGCGAGCACGCUCGCGUGGCUCUCCCUGCGCACAAACGCCGAGCGCGCCGCCUUCAGGGGCUGGCAGAUGGACGGCUGGGUGCGGUGGCUGGCCGGGCUGCGCGGCGAGUACGAGCGCCGCAUGAACCGCGUCUGCCGCAUCCUUGACGAGGGCUCCGUCCAGAUCAAGCAGUCCACCGCCAUCGUGCGCAGCAACAGCAACGGCAGCAGUAGUAGCGACGGCGGCAGCAGCAGCAGGAGCCCGGGCCGGAGGCUCCUGGGCCCCGAGUGGGGCGUCAUCACCAAGAAGCCACUGUUCGAGUUUGACUGGCCGCGCGGCGGCAUGUUCGUCUGGCUGCGCGUCCUUUUCGAGUCGCACCCGCUCUGGGGUGCGCCCCGCAAAGGUAAACAGGACGAGCCGGCGGCGGGGGUCGUGGACGGGCCCGCGCUCUCGGGCGCCCUGCUGAUGCUGCUGACCCGCCGCCCUUACCUCGUCGUCGUGUCGCCGGGCGUCAUCUUUUGCGCCGACGCCGACGUGGCCAAGAAGGACGGCUGGGCCUACUACCGCAUCUGCUUCGCGGCCGAGGCCGACGAGCGCAUCGAGUCGCUCUCGCACGCUUUUGUCGAGGGCGUCCAGCGCUUCUUCAGGAUCAAGACCGUCCAGGAGGUCGAGGACCUACUCGAGGACUUCCCGUCCGCCGCCGCCGGCGUGCAGGCGGCGCUCGACGGCGCGGACGAGGCCGCGGGCAACUUGGGCAUGUACAUGGGGUGCUGAACACGCCGUACCCUACUUAGUUAGAAUAUGAGGGUAUGAGAGUGUGAGGAAGCAUCAGGAUGUGCCUGCGUGGGCAAGAAGCCCAGAUUUUUGUCAUUUGGUUCCUUCUCUUGUCCUUGGAUGGCGUCGACGGCGUUGAUAUGAUUAAUUCGAUAGAUAUGAUGUAGGCUCAACAUGGCGCUUGAGACCGAUUGAGAGUCCAAGACGAUCUUGAAUCGAACUGGAUGGUGUCGUCUGCAUACAAGCUGGUCCUGCGUGUUGAACCCACAUCGUGA